AUGCAGGAUCGGGGUAUGGAGCAAACGGAAGAGGCGGUGAGCGCGAGCCCGGCGCGGAUGCUUACCGCCGCCGCCGAGCAGCAGGGCGACGCGGCGACGUGGCUCAACCUCACGCUGGGCGUGAACUGCUCACAGCCGGCGGAGGAGGACUCCUCGUCGUACUCGGACGAAGAGCCGGCGGCCAAGCACAAGCAGGAGCACCCGCCGACGCCUCCUCCGGCUGCCGCGGCAGCGCCGACGCCGCCCCACAAGGUGUUCUCGUGCAACUUCUGCAUGAGGAAGUUCUUCAGCUCGCAGGCGCUGGGCGGACACCAGAACGCGCACAAGCGGGAGCGCAGCGCGGCCAAGCGCUCGUCGUCGCUGUCCUACCACCACGCGCACCACCAGCGGAUGGUCAUGGCCGGCCUGCCGCUCGAGGCGCACGCCGCGAUCGUGCGCGUCCUCAGGGUCAACCCGGCGAGCUCGGCGAUCAACAAGCCGGCCCGGCAAGAGGCCACGGCGCCGAGGCUCCACGAUGGCGUGGUUGGCCCGUGGCCGCCGCUCGUCUACGAGGAGGUGCUCGGCUCCACGUCGUGGCCGGGGAGCUUCAGAAUGAGGACGCAGACGGAGCCACCUACCUCGGAACAGCAGCUGCUGCCAGAGCAAACUAAGAAGAUGGAUUUGAGCCUUAGGCUGUGA